AAAGACAGAGAGAGAGAGAGUCUCUCGGCUUCUAUCUUCUUAUUGUUUUCCCGGUAACAGGGAGAACCGAACACGGGCGAACUCGCCGGAUUUUUAAACCUUCUAGCAGUUUCCAUGACUUCAGAUGCUCUCACUAUACCAUCUGAGCUCGAAUCUGCGUUGCGCCUCAGAGAGCAAUACUUUAUUACAAAGAGGCCUUGGCUCGAUCUCUAUGGAGUCCAUGUGAGGCCUGUGUCACCAUUCGGAAGUACAAGCCGUAAACCCCAUUAUGAUCCAGCUUUGAUUCACCGUGUCUUGCCUGAUGAGCUCCUUUUCGAGGUGUUUGCUCGGAUGAUGCCUUAUGACUUAGGUAGAGCAGCUUGUGUAUGCAGAAAGUGGAGGUACACGGUUCGAAACCCUGUGUUCUGGCGUAAUGCUUGCUUGAAAGCUUGGCAGACUGCUGGGGUUCUCGAAAACUAUAAUAUCUUGCAGUCUAAAUAUGAUGGAUCAUGGAGGAAAAUGUGGCUCCUUAGAUCCAGAGUUCGUAGUGAUGGUCUUUACGUGAGUAGGAAUACUUACAUUCGAGCUGGAAUUACUGAGUGGAGCUUUACAAAACCAGUUCACAUAGUUUGUUACUACCGCUACAUAAGGUUCUACCCUUCUGGCAGGUUUCUUUACAAGAACUCAUCGCAGAAAUUGAAGGAUGUUGCCAAGUACAUGAACUUUAAGGCUUCUAAAUCUGACAGUCUUUACAAAGGCACCUAUACACUGUCAAUGUCAAAUGAUAAGAUUGAAGCAGCUGUUUUGUACCCAGGGACACGCCCGACGGUCUUAAGGAUUCGUUUAAGGUUAAGAGGAACAGCAGUUGGAGCAAAUAACCGGAUGGAUUUGUUGGCACUUGUGACAAGUGGUGUGAACGAUGAUGAAGUAAGCAGCACAGAAGAAGACAUUCUUGGUUUAGUUGAAGGUUGGGAAGAUGAUGAAACUCACAACCCGGAUAUACCUGCCGUCUCACACAAGAGGGGUAUGACUCCAUUCGUCUUCGUUCCUUUCGAAGAGGUUGAGCAAUCUGUUUUGAACUUGCCACCGGAGAAAAUGGAUUACUUCGUCACCGGCUAAAAACGACACAAGACACACGUUUAUGUACAAAUAUGUGAUAUAGAAUAAUGUUUCUAUUUAAUUAUCAUGUUGACAACAUAUUAGUGUUUGCUGGUGUCGAAUUGUGAAAAAAAAGACGAUACAGAGACAUGAAACAAGCCUUAAUAUUGUAAGCUGAA